AUGAACUGUUUCGUUUUAAUUUGUUUCGAUAAUUUCUCCGAAAACUUUUAAAAGUGAACUUCUCAUGGAAAACAUUUUAUAAACUUCUUACAGCAUCUUUACUACUUUUUGUUUUUAGCAUUACUAGAGUGUUUGCUUCGCACUUUUAGGUUGUAUUAUUAAAAACUAUAUAAAACAAACUAUUAUACUCUGUGCAUCAUGUUAGAAGGGUAUAAAAGUUGGACAAUGCUAAUAAACAACUCUAGUUCCAUUUGACAUUUGGUUUUGGUACUUGUCUAUAUACAUACCUACAUAUAUUUUUACUCUAAAUAAAGGUAGAAAUCACCGGGUAAUUAAAAGGAUCUGCUGAGUGCAAAAAUGGAUUAUGAAUUAGAGUUGGUCGACUCCUUGUCAGCAUUAGCUUAUGAGGGUCCGUGCCUGAAAGCGGAUGGGUUAGUUAAAGCGCUAGAAGGCGGCCCUCGCGAUUCUAAUUUCCGUGAACUUAUUGGUUGGUUAACGCAAGAACUGCAUGUAUUGCGAAAAACUGAUGAGCAUGUGGCAGAAUUACAGGAUCAAAGUGAAUUUUCUAUGGAACUUUCUGCUAUGCUGAAAGAACUUGGAUGUCCUUACCAACGUUUUGUUGCUGGCCCAUUAUCCGAAAGGUUCGAAACUCGAGAGGCUUGUGCUCAGCUGCUCGACUACCUUUUAACAGAAUUAAUGGCAACAAAAAUGACUUAUCGUUUGCGACCUGCCCAACAAACACUUAUUAUUCCUAAAACCGAAACUAAUACUGCGCGUUCACUCGAACAACUGUCUCGUGAUGUGGGACUAGGUAAACCACCAGACAAUGUGUCGCCAAAAGCCUAUUUCGAUAAACUUAAUUUUAAAAUUGAAGAACUAAUUCGGCAAGCCAAACCCGGUAUUUUGAGUGAACCGUUAUUGAAUUUAAAACAACCUCUAACUGAAGCACAGUGGAAAGAGUUGGACGCAAUACAUUCUGAUCUAGAUGCGGAAUAUAAUAUGCGUAGACAAAUGUUAUUGACACGUCUUGAAGUAACUAUACAAAGUUUUCAAUGGUCGGAUAAAAUGUGUUCGAGAGAAAAUGAAAUUGCUGGACGUUAUCAAAAGAAAUUGCAAGAAUUAGAACAUUUACGCUAUGGUAAUGAAGAUACAAACAUUGUAGCUUUUCUUGCUGCACGUGCAGAUUUGGCAGUUAUUGAAAAAACAAGUUCUGUACAAGUGCGGAAAAACACAGGUUGUAAAAUACAGAAACAUGUAAUAGGAAGUGUGCCAGAUCGUGGUGGGCGAGCGCAUGAACACGCUCCUCCGCCUCCAGAAAUGCCUUCAUGGCAACAACGUUCUGCGGGACCUGCAGGUGGAGGAGGAAAUUUUCGUGGUGGAAGAGGUGGAGGUGGGGGCCGUGGUGGGGGUGGCCACUGGCAGCAAUAUUCAAACGCACCACAACAACAACGCCAAUUGCAACAAUUCGAUCAACGUCAAUCUAGCGAUCAAGGUCGGAACCAGAAUUGGAUAAGCGGUAGUGGACGAGUUCAAGGUAGCGGCUGGUCCCAGCAUAAUAAUAACGGAAGCAAUUUUCAAGGUAAUGGUGGACGCGGCGGUGGUGGUGACAAUUCUUUCCGAGGACGCUCAAAUUACCAUCGUGGAGGUUCUGGUGGUGGUGCCCGUCGUUAAAAUUAAUUAAACGAAACUAUGGUCUCGAACUCAAAAUAUAUUGGAAUAACAUAAUUAUAUAUGUAUAUGUUUUAAGUAAUUCAUUAAUUUUAUUUUUUAUUUAGCCCUUUCGGUUAUUAACUUUCUACUCACAAUAUUAGAAUAUAGCCAUAUGUGAAAGUAAAUAAAGUAAAUUACUAUGUGAUUGCAACCUUAACCAUA